CGUGGCCGGACUCGGUGCGCACGCGCGCGGGCCCACGUGCGGUCUCCGCUCCACCGGGUUCCUCUGGGUCCGGUCCCGCCGGGCCAUGGGCUCGGGCCCGGCCGCAGGUUCGGUGCGGGCGCGCUACCUUGUGUUCUUCCAGUACCUGGGCACCGACUUCAACGGGAGCGCGGCUGUCAGGGGCGCCCAGCGGGCCGUCGGGGUCCAGAACUACCUGGAGGAGGCCGCCGAGAAGCUGAAGUCGGUCGUGCCGGUCAAGUUCAUCAUCUCCAGCCGCACGGAUGCUGGGGUCCACGCCCUGAGCAACGCCGCGCACCUGGACGUGCAGCGCCGCUCGGGCCAGCCGCCCUUCGCCCCCGAGGUCCUGACCGAGGCCCUCAACACCCACCUGAGGCACCCCGCCAUCCGGGUCCUGCAGGCCUUCCGUGUGCCCAGUGACUUCCAUGCCCGCUACGCUGCCACAUCCCGGACCUACUUGUACCGCCUGGUCACCGGCUGCCCCCGGCACGACCAGCUGUCCGUGUUUGAGCGAAACCGAUGCUGGGCCGUGCGCGCAGACCGCCUGGACGUGGCUGCCAUGCGGGAGGCUGCCCAGCACCUCCUGGGGACACACGACUUCAGCGCCUUCCAGUCGGCCGGCAGCCCCUCUGCCAGCUCCGUGCGCACACUGCGUCGAGCCUCCGUGUCCCUGGACCCCGCCGGUCCCUUGGUCCUGCCCCAGGAGAGCAGGAGGUUGCAGUUCUGGAGCUUGGAGUUUGAGAGCCAGUCCUUCCUGUACAGACAGGUGCGGAGGAUGACAGCGAUCUUGGUGGCCGUGGGGCUGGGGGCUGUGACCCCGACUCAGGUGAAGAUGAUUCUCCAGAGCCGGGACCCGCUGGGCAGGCACCAGACACGGGUGGCCCCCGCCCACGGCUUGUUCCUGAAGUCGGUGCUGUUCGGGGGCCUCAGAGGCCUUGCAGCUGGGAGUCCAGACUGUGCCCAGCAGGAGAGCCAAGGACCAGGGGGCAGGGAGGCUCUGGGUUCGCCAGAAGACUUCAGGCUGGAGACCAGCGGCCCGGAGUGAGGUCCUGCCUCCAGCAGUCCCAAAGCUUCUGGCCUCGAGGUUUGCAGGCUCCAUAGCACAGAAGCCACAGGUGGCCCCCAGGUGCCGAGCCAAGGCCAGAGCACCCGUGGCUGGCUCGGCCUGGCCACUGGACCUUGCCUAGCUCUACAUGCCAUGCGCCCUGUGCUGCCAAGCACUCGGCUGCCUGGGGCCACAGCCGGCCUCCUGCUCCCCAAGCCCCCAGCACCCUGGGUGCCCAUCUGCCCCGGUGGGCAGCCCUGGGCGUAAGUGCAGGAGACAGGUGUGAGCACCAAGACGGAACACAAGCAGCCUUCGGGUCUGUUACUGGGACUAAUAUCCCGGCGCAGACAGAAAUAAAACGUGAAGAGGU